AUGCUCCUCUCUUUCCCAUUCCUAACCAGCGCAAUUGCGCUCAUUUCCUUUGCCUAUGGAGCUGCCUUCGAUCUCCAGAUAAAUUCUGGGGAUGCCAAAGCAGUCUACACAAUGACCAAUGAAUCACCAAACCAGGUUGUUGCAUUUCCGGUAUUGUCUGGCUACCAGCUGGGCCCCUCACAGUCAUUUCCCACUGGUGGGAAUGGCGCAGUGGCCGUGGUAACCAAUGGGACUCAGAAUUUUCCCGAUUCACUAGCCAGCUCCCACAGCGUCCUGGUGUAUGGAAAUUAUCUCUUCAAUGUUAAUUCAGGUUCCAAUUCAAUCUCCAUGUUUGAGAUAUCACCUUCAGACCCGACCAGUCUCCAUCGUGUGGGUGUUUACAACACUCCAGGAGACUUUCCAAACUCCCUUGCAGUGCACAACGAUACCAUCUGCGUGGGCCACUCUGGAACACGGACUGGAGUGAGUUGUGCGAACUGGAAGGCAGAUAACAUUGGAUCCUUUGAUGGUCUACGCAUCUUGCCACCUCAUACGAACCAGACUGUUCCUCCUAAUGUUAGCUUUGACAUUUCUGUUUUAACCGAGAUUGUCUUCACCUGGAGUGGAUCUUCCCUGGUCGGCAUGUCCACUGGCGAUGCUUCCAAUUUACAAGGUAUGAUAGGAAUAUGGUCUGUGGACUCAGAUGGAAAGGUCGCGCAGGAUGGAACCCUAGCCGCACCCAACGGGAUGACCAUACCUUUCGGCGCAGAUCAAGUCCCAGGUACCUCCAAGCUCUUUGUCUCAGACGCGAUGCUUGGCGCCUUUGUGAUUGAUGUAGAGUCCCCAGGCUCACUCCUGUCAAAAUCAAAAGUCGAUGACAAAUUUGCGACUUGCUGGGCACAAUUUUAUCCGAGAACAGGCCAUGGAUAUGUCACCGACGUGCAGCGAAAUACGAUUUCUAAGGUGGAUCUGGGGACAGGGGCAGUUUUGCAGGCGAUUGAGCCAGUUAACAACUUUGAUGGUUAUAUGGACUUUAGGAUCGCGGGGAAUGCUCUUUAUGCUCUGGCUGUUCAGGUCGAUCCUCAUGCACACUUUAUCACGGUAUUUAAUCUGACCUCGGAUAUUUUCGACGGACAGAAUGUGACGAUUGGGGGAAGCAAUGGGCAUGUUCAAGGGCUGGCUGUUUUUGUUUGA